CAGGUUCACAGGUGCAGCGAAAAGUCGUCGUUUCGCGGCAUAUCAUCUACAGCGCAGUCUGAUCAUUCACACGACGACGAAUGUCUGCGUUUAAGUGCGUUUACAUCGAAAGAACAAUUCUGCAGCGUGAUCUUGCGAUUGUUUUCUUUCGCUUGAAUAUUGAAAAGUGCUCCGUGUGCCCGCCCAAAGCGGUGUGAGUGUCGGUGAGCUGAACUCCUGCUCCACGGGGGAGGGGUCAGACGCUUCACGGUGGGACGACGAGCACAGAGAGGAGUGAACAAGGGGAGCCAGAUAGAUUGUGUGUAUGGAGCAGUGUGAGAAUGCCGCAUCUCUCCUGGCCUCUGUGCGAGAGCAGGAGAUGCAGUUCGAGCGUCUGACUCGAGCUCUGGAGGAGGAGAGGAGGAGCGUGGGGCCCUCCGGUACCCUACCCCGCCCCCUCCCCACCCUGCAGAACGGCCGUGUCACUGGUGAUGCAGAGUUAGAACGGCUCAAAUUAAGCGAGGGAUACAUAAACGGGACUCAGUACAGGAUGUUGGACCCGGGUCAUUUUGUUGAGUCGGUCACUGUGGAGGAGGACCCCCGUGAGUCGAUGCCAAUUAUUUCAGUUGAAACCAGUGAUGAUGGCACCACACGUCGCACUGAGACUACAGUAAAGAAGGUCACAAAGACGACUACCACACGAACAGUCAUUCCCUCAGUCUCCGACACACUUUCCCUUGAUGGCACUGGUUCAGUCACUGGGAUGCCAAGUUGUAAUACCCCAAUGGACCGUGUGUACAGGCCACCGGUUGGCCCCAUGGACUACCCCACCGCUACUGUCCCCCGUAACUAUCACUAUGGACCACCAGGCUAUGAUGAUUUCCGCAGCUACCCUCCUUCUGAAGCCUACACCAGUCUUAGCCGAGGAACACGAAUGGAUGACCGCUACAGGCCCGUGGAGGCCUAUCGCACGCUGGACUCUGCGUAUCGGACCCACAGUCGGCCGCAGUUGGACCCGUACACAGCCCAGCCCCAGGUAGGACGUAUGGGCAGUGCUAUGGAGAUCUCUGGCAUACAGAGAUUUGUACCAGAGCCAUACGGCCUGGAGGAUGAUCAGAGGAGCCUGGGAUAUGACGAACCUGAUUAUGGCAUGGGACCAGCCAUGCAUUACAGCACAAUGCCCCGGUUGGCACAUGCACAUCAUGCCCCACCUCCACGCCGGACAGGGUCAUAUGAGGGCACACUGGAUGGUGAUAUGAGUGGAGCUGGUGAUAUAUAUUAUUGGGGAGGAGGAGCUCCGCUGGCUCAGGGAGAGAGAGGCAGCAUGGCAUCAUUGGACAGCACACUGCGUAAAGGCCCCGUCCCCACAACAUGGAGGCAGCCGGAGCUUCCUGAAGUCAUCGCUAUGCUCAACUACCGCCUGGACCCUGUCAAAAGCAACGCUGCAGCGUACUUGCAACAUCUCACUUUUAAGAAUGAUAAGGUGAAGUCAGAAGUAAGAAGACUGAAGGGGAUCCCUGCCCUCGUGUCCAUGCUGGAUAACCCAAAGAAGGAGGUGCAUUACGCAGCAUGCGGAGCACUCAAGAACAUCUCAUACGGACGAGAUCCAGAUAACAAGAUAGCCAUCAAGAACUGUGACGGAAUUCCCGCGCUGGUGCGGCUACUGAGGAAGACGAGAGAUCAGGACCUUACUGACACCAUAACGGGCACGCUGUGGAACCUGUCAUCUCACGACUCUGUAAAGAUGGAGAUCGUUGACCACGCGCUGCAUGCCCUGUCCGACGAGGUGAUGGUUCCUCACUCGGGCUGGGAGAGGGGGAACGAAGGGGGAGAGGAGAGCUGCAAACCCAGACACUUGGAGUGGGAGACGGCACUCACCAACACCACUGGCUGCUUAAGGAAUGUGAGCUCGGAGCGGAGCGAGGCCAGGAGGAAGCUGAGGGAGUGCACUGGACUGGUCGACUCGCUCAUGUACAUCGUCCAGUCACAGAUCAACUGUAAAGAUGUGGACAACAAGCUGAUUGAGAACAGUGUGUGUCUGCUGAGGAAUCUGUCCUAUCAGGUGCAUCGGGAGAUACCAGGCUGCGAGCGCUAUCAGGAGACGGCUCCUGUCAAUCAAGGCCCCGCCCCGUCCCAAAAGGGCGGCUGCUUCAGCUCCCGAAAGGGCAAAGACGAGUGGUUUUCCAAAGGAAAAAAAGAGGAUGAUGGAACAUCAGAUACCAUUGACAUUCCAAAGAGAAGCACACCAGCCAAAGGUUAUGAGUUGCUGUUCCAGCCAGAGGUGGUGCGUGUGUACACUUCUCUCCUGAAAGAGAGCAAGAACCCCUCGGUUCUGGAAGCGGCGGCGGGGGCCGUGCAGAACCUGUGUGCGGGCCGCUGGACUUAUGGGCGGUACAUCAGAGCAGUGGUCAGACAGGAGCAUGGCCUGCCGAUGAUGACCGAGCUGUUGUCUCAUGGGAACGACCGUGUGGUCCGAGCCAUGUCCGGAGCCUUGAGAAACCUGGCCAUUGAUGCUCGCAACCGUGAGCUGCUAGGGAACCAUGCAGUGCCUAACUUGGUGGCCAAUCUGCCAGGCGGUGGUCAGAGUCAGCCUGCGCGCGUGCUCUCGGAGGAGACGGUGGUGUCUGUUCUCAGCACUAUGGCGGAGGUGGUCGGCUCCAGCGUGGAUGCGGCCAAAACCCUGCGCAGCUCCCAGGGCAUCGAGAGACUGGUGCUCAUCAACAAAGACGGCAACCGUUCAGAUCGGGAGGUGCGUGGCGCUGGGCAGGUGCUGCAGAUCGUGUGGGGCUUCAAAGAUCUCCGUCGCACGCUGGAGAAAGAUGGCUGGAAGAAAACUGACUUCAUGGUGAACCUUAACCCUCCUAACAACAACCGCAGCAAUGGAGGAUACGAGGACAGCACCCUGCCGCUAAUAGACCGGGGGGGCAAACAGGACCGAGACAUGAUUCCUCUUAAUGACAUGGGACCAGACGCUUACUCUACGCUAGACCAGAGAGGACGGAGAAACACUUUAGACGACACUCUGGAUCGCUCUGACAGAGAGGCACCUCAGAAAAACUGAUCGUGUGCAUCACCCGCCGUGAGUUUCCUCCUCCUGCCUACUGUCCCUGCUGAGCCUCUGAUCUCAUCACUUACGGGACCAUAGCCACUAAUUGCAAUGACCCUUCUGUAGUUUACUCCAUUCUCAUGUUGUCACUCUCCUGCUUUCAUUGAGUUCAAUGUGAUUGAGAACAGCCACUACGUCAAACAGACUCUUUUUAUGUCAAAUAAUGGAAACACUAGGGACUACAAGCUCUAUUUAGCUUUAUAAAUCAUUUCCUUUUUAUUUUUUGCUUCUGCAUCUAUUAGAACAUUAGUAUAGUACAGCAUUGGUGUUUUGAUUAUUUUGCUUCAUCCUGCUUUGUGGUUCACAUUGAUAAAAAUGUAAUGCCAAAUUGCAUCAGUCAUAUGCAGCCUGCAGAAAAUAAUGUAUAUAGAGUUUUUCGGUAAAUUUUGUGUCUUGUUGAUAAAUUGCAACAGGCAUGAGGCCUAUUUUUUGUCAUUUUCUGAAAGCACUAGAUGACCACCAAUUCUCCUUAAGUUAUCCAUCUGUGGUCUUGUGGAGUGUUGGGUCUCUAGGAAGUGGUUGUGCACAUAUUGAUGAAGCAUCACAAAAGAUGCAGAGGGAUAUUUGAUUGGGAGAUCUGUUUUUGUUGUUUGUUUUUUAAACCAGUAGCAUUCAAGAAAGUUCUCUAGCCGUAGGCAAGUAUAAUUAUUCAUUCAGCUGUCAAAUUUGCAAAGCAUUCCAGAGUGGGAAAGCUGAUUUGGGAUGAUAUUUCCCCCCCUUUGUUUUGUCUUAAAAUGGUCACUGACAACGAUUAGCUUCUGUGUGGGAACUCGAGAGUUCCUCACUAUUCAUUUAGAAGUACAAUUAAAUGACCACAAAAGAGAAGAUAAAAAAAAAGCCUUUAACUCAGAGACAAAUGGUAGCCCUGGUCUUGGAUCUGUCUAAAUGUAAAUGAAUGUGUAAAUAUGACCGUGUCUCACAAAUCCACUCUGCAUACUUGGAGUGCCUCACUUGCUCAGCGCGUCGUUUGUGUUGAGCGGUGAACAGGGACGUUUGGUUUCAGUGCCUGUCUGUGUAGAGCGUGAACGAGUGUACAUUUGAGGAUGUAUAUGCAUUUUUUUUUUUUCUGAGAUCCAUAAGUACAGUGCUCGUUUCUUAGACUGCAUAAUUAAAAAUGCACAGUAAGUCUGUUGUAGAUAUUUACUGAAUGGAAACUUUGGCACCGGGGCAAUGGAUGUUUUUUAUUUUUUAUUUUUAUUCCUUUUUAAUUCCCUGGAUCUGCCAAUCCGCAGUCCAAUCCUUCGAGACGCUAGAGUCAGUAAAGGAAAGGUUGGCUGUUGACUGUGUGGAUGUGAGCCAGAAGUCCGAGUCUUGAUACAGGAGGCUGUUCACAAGUUUGAGGAAUCAAUCGAUUGAUCAGUGUUGAGGGAGGCAGAUAAAUAAAUCUUUUAAUUACAAGAAAAUUGCAUCUCUUUGAGGCAGGAUUUAGCUAGAUUUUGAUUCUAGCUUGAUGAGAUAAGAUGGAUAAAAAAGCACAUUUUACUAAAUAUACCAGAGAAUAUUUGUUAAUUUUAAUUAUUUUGUUUUCUUGGUUUUUGUUCUGUUGCUAUUUCUUUUCUAUAUUUUAUGAUUAGGGCUGAUGUUGUUUUCGGGGGUGUUGUGGGUGAAUGCAUAUGCAAUCAGUUUUAUUUUUUAAAUAAAUGCAUUUAUGGUUUAUAUCUUUUAAUUAAAGACGAAAGGAAAAACUA